AUGUCAUCCCGCCGACUUUACUUGACACCAAGCAUGGAGGAUUACCGAUAUGCCACGUUUAAUCAGGAUGGCAUACCGCCGUACUUGCCUUACGCGAAAGAAAAACGUCAAACAAACGAGCAAUCUUGGGAGGUUGUCGGUUGCGAGUGUAUCGAUCCUGUGCCAAUGAUCGAUGAUGGCGAUGAGCUCGAUAUCUUGCGUGUCACAGAUACGGACACGUGUGGCACAUACAUCUUUGACCUCGGGAAGCGUUCACCCCAAGGUUCUGAUUACUGUAGGGCGGUGCUUUUCGCCAGGCAACAGUUGUUUCAAGAGAUUGUGAAGAACGGUUACAACAUGUUAUUGUUGGAAGGCUGGACGCUAACUCUUUAUCGCAAGGGAAAGUCGCAUCGUAUAGAGGUACAAUAUGCAGGACGACCAGCAUACGUGUCAGGCAAAGCGCCACCGUUCCACCCUCCACCAUUCAUGGCCGUCUUGGAGUCGCAGCAUCUUUUUUCGUAA